AUGAAGUUGGACGUAUGCGCAUUUUCCGGAUAUAAGAUCUACCCAGCCCGCGGAGUUCUAUUUGUUAGAAGUGACAGUCGUCCCUUUCGCCUGUUAUCAGGAAAAUGUGAAGCUCACUUCCUUUUAAAGAAAAACCCCCGAAAGUACAACUGGACCGUCUUCUAUCGUCGUUUGCAUAAAAAGGGAUCCACUGAAUCUUUGGUAAAACGCCGUGCCCGUCGUACUGUGAAAAGCAUGAGGGGGAUCAUUGGGGUAACCCCAGAGACCAUAAAGGCCAAGAGAUCCCAACCUGUUGAACUACGUGAAGCAGCUCGCGCAGAAUCUCUCCUUCAGGCCAAGCAGAAAAAAAAAGAUCAACAAGCGGCAAAAAAGCAGGAAAAGAUCCGCAAUAUUGCCACUCGUGCAUCUGAAAAGUCAGCACAGCUUAAAGCCAAAAGCGCCAAAUCCAUGAAGACAAAGCCUCUUGCCCGCUCUCGCUAA